CCUGCACGCCAGAGCCUCUCCGGCCGCAAGCGCCUGCACCGGGUCACCCGCCUGCUGUUGACCAUCCUGCCUCGCUGGUUGCAGGGCGCCCUGGGCUACCCUGUGUCCAGCAGCAUCGGGCGCUCCCUCUCCCCAGAGGUCCGAGUCUCUCCUACUAAACCUUGUGGGAAGGGCAGCAAGAGAAAGCAGGAUGAGUUGGAUGAGGAGGAAGAUGAUGAGGAAGAGCAUCAGACCUGGGUGGAGGCUCUCACACAAGAACUUCAUGAUGAAGACCCUUUAGAGGAUCCUGAUUACGAGCCCAGUACUGUAGAGACGGAGAGCGAAGAGUACUGCUCGCACAACAACACUGAAAGUGAUAUUGAGGUUCAGGACAAGGGUGCAGUCAUUAUUGAAGAUGUGAACACAGAUGUUGUGCCAUCUACAGACUUGACAAAAGCCAACAAAAGUCCCCGUUAAUAAACCUUGUAGUGAGGAGCCUCUCACACAAGAACUCAUUGGAGGAUCCUCAUGAGGACUACAGGAUGUUGAGCCAUCCACUCCAGCUGAAGUCUCUUGCCCUGCUGUUUAAUGUUUAAAU